AUGAGGAUUCCUCCCAACUGGAAUAUUUCAAAACCCAGUGCAGGUACUUGGCUGGCCGUCUUUCUUCGUUUCGUGUCUGUUGUCCGGGGUGUCCAGGUCCCUCUCCCAGGAGAAAAGGGCGUUUGUGCCUCGUUUGUCUCGUUGACGUGCGAGAAGGAUCUCUCUGACGUGGUCGUCACUGUUACCCAGCUCGAGGAAGCAUUCAACUCAGACCAUCAGUAUCACUGGGUCUUCUUCGGCACCGAUCCGCUGAGCGAGGAGUUCCGUCGUAUCACCUCCAACGCCACGAGUUCCGCAUGCUUUUACGAAGUGAUUCCCCGUAAUCACUGGCGCUUCGAUAUCGGCUUUUGCAACGGCCGCGGCGGAGACUACUGCUCCCAAGCGUCGGAGGACCCUGCGCUAGAUAUCAAUACCCUCUUCCCACACAUUUGGUCCUCUAUUGAUGAGGACCCUUCUCUCCUUCUUGAAGACUCCCACAUACCAUGGCUCCUGGGAUUUCACGACGACGACGACGAAGACGACGACGAAACAGAUGAACUUGGAGCGAACAGCGCCCAGUCUUACAAGAUCGACGUAUCCGAGGGCAUUCACCUGCGCCCCGUCUACCCGGAGGCUGGGUGGAAGCAGAGUAUGAUGCCCAGCACGACGACCAAGGUUACCUAUAGCGAUGACGAUGAUAUAACCUGGACACUCGCCGAGGAGUUCAAGUUCUGGUUGGUUAGCCUCUGCGAGGACAACUGGAGCGGCGGCGCGUUUGAGCUUGGAUUUCUCGCCUUUCUGCGCAGCCCUGGACACGAAGCAUUCAUGGACCAUCUCGGCAUGAUUGUCAAGCUUGGCAGUAAGCCAGUCGACAUCGAUGCUUUCCCGGCACACACAAUCAGCGCCAGCAUGCUCCUGCCCAAGCAGAGCGUGCGUAACUUUCGCAGGGGGGUCUCCAGAUGCUACAAGACAGGCAGCCCAACAACUCUCCCCGGGAAGACGGAGCAAGCGGAGACUGCUGCUGUCGCUUCUGCCGCCUCCUCAGGUACUGCUACUGCUGUGGUGACGGCCAUGGAGGUACAGCUUGCCAAGUGGGAUCAGCUGGCGCAAGAUAUUCUACGCCAAUCAAGCUGUCCGGGACUCAGAUCGGGAAACACUGUGAUUGAUGAGCGCAGCUUCUCGCUGGUGGACAAUGUCGAUUGGGCUAAUUAG